CUGGGCAAUUUGUUACCGAUUACCAAUUUUACCGGUUAUUACCGGUAAUAUCACCCGGAAAUUUGAGUAACACCAAAUAUUACCGUUAUUACCAUGUUAUUACCGAAAUUAUAAUUCCUGUUGAUACCUGUUACUGUUAUCACCCUGAUGAAACCUACAUUUACCUAGUUACAACAGGGUGAUGAGGGGUAAUAAGGGUAAUGUUGAAUGACUUUGAUUGGUUAUAACAUUGCAAACUUUAGUAAUAAGAGCAAUCUUACAGCAAUCCCAGCGAAAUUUUCAAAGUCCAAAAAAUUACUGUUAUCACCCUGAUGAAACCAACAUUUUACCCAGUUACAAACAGGUUGAUAAGGGGUAAUGGGUAAUGUUGAAACGCUUCCAUUCCCAGACAGCAAAGUAUCUGGAUCACAUACGGUUCUUAUCUGGGAUAUCCGGGUCCCAUAUGGGCCCACAUGGAACCCAGAUGAAAACAUAUACUUGAACCCACAUGGUGCCCAGAUAGGACUCAGAUGGAAACGAGACCUCCAACCCAUGCGGAACCCAUUAAUAUUGGGUAAAUGGAGUAAUAUCAGAUGGUAAUAUCAGGAAAAUGCUGGGAAUAUUAGUUACUCAUGAAUAUUCAUUACUACAAUAAAUGGCCAAAAUUUUAGCUAAUAUAGCUGUAAUAAUUAAUGUGUUUAUGUUUAUGCAAUUAUUCCACCCAGAAAAUUUUCAGAAAAAUGUGUAGUUUAUAUAUCAUAUUAGUCAUAAUCAUGACAUUAAUUUUAGAAAAAUGUUUUAGGGUUGAAUAAUUGUUAACCAUAAUUUGUCAAGUGUUGUAAACUCGCUCAAUAUAUAGAAGUAAAUGACAGGGUUUGGUGGAUAGGUGUAGGAUAGGAUUAGGAUUAGGAUGUAGGAUUUUAGGAUAGGAUAAGAUGAUAUGGCUUAGAGUAUGGAGUUGUAAAAAUGUGCUUCAAUGACCCUAAUGACACUAAUUGUUUUUUUAAUGAGCCGACAUUAAUUGGGUAAUAUUGGGUAAACAGAGUAAUAUGAGGUGGUGAUAUCAUUAAAAUGCUGGAAAUAGUAGUUACAUCAUACUGAGAAAUAUUGGGUAAAUGGAGUAAUAUCAGGUCCAGGUAAUAAGAGGGAAGGAUUGGUCUACUAUUUCCCUGUUAUUACCCACUGUUGUUACCGUAGUAAUAUCCAUGUUAUUACCUGUUACAACCCGGGUAAUGUCAGGUAAAAUGCCCAGUGGGUAGGUCGUUGGUUAUGCUCCUGUUAUUAAAGAGACUUCGUAAAUGUUCGUCUCCAUCUCUAUACGUACGGAACGGCGGCACUGCUGAAGAUAAAACGUGCGAUCACCAUGUCGACGCUCCUAAUCUAACCGAGGAUCGUGUACGUCGCCAGUUACAGUCGAAAACAAGUAGUUCAGCAGAUUGGUUCGGUGGAUAUCAUAGAUGUGGAUCCAUUGUUUCUACUGCCUGCGGGAGAUAGACGUUUGUGCCAUUAAAAAUAAAGCAAACCAGGGGAAAAUACCCCUUUUAAAAUCAGAUAUCUAUAGAGGGUUCUUUCAUUUUUACUAUUCCACUGAUUUUGUUUGAUGAGAAGUCAAGAUAAUUUAACGCUGCAUCGGCUGAUUCAAGCGAACAUGGCCCUCGUCACUCGACAGUCAUCGAGCCUUGAUUGACACUCAGUUCAUUGCAGGCUGGGAUGAUUUGACAAAUCUUCUGAGCUGAAAGCGGACUCCACGCAGUGACUUGGAGCGUGCAUACUCUCAACACAACGCCAAGAUUAUUGGUUCUUAACUUUUGCUUCAGAGCCCAUUUGCCUUUUACUGUCUUCCUCUGAAGUGCCGAUAAAUUCUGCGAUUCAAGAAUGGCAAGGCCUUGACCUCAUUCUGAUGUGACGUCUGUGUUUUGUCGUGAUCACUAAUUUGAUACCCAGCCUAUACCAUUGCCUGUGUAGAUAACAAGUGUGCUGCCCGUACUGUCAGAACUGACGUUGCUUCUGGAUAUCCCAAAGACCUAUCAACCUUUGGAAGAUCACCCACCGCCAAAAUGUUGCAGCCAGAGAUGUCGAAUAUGCCGAUGAGCGCUAUGAGUCGGGAGAUGACCACGAGAGGGUCGGGGCGGCUGCAUAGGGUCAGGGAGAAUGAGAAUGAAGACAUGGCCGAAAUCAAGAAGGGUCACUCGGACCCAGGGGUUAUGACAAGGGUUGUCCGAGCCGUUGUUCCUCACCUGGCCCUCAUGGCCAUCUUCUUCCUCUACCUUGCUUUCGGGGCAUGGGUUUUCUUCAUGCUGGAGAACGACUGCUCUCUGAAAUGCCAGAUGGAGCUACAGGAAGCCAAGAUGAAGAUGAUGGACAUCGCGGCAAAUAGAACACUCUGCAACCCGUCGGGGUCCACGGCGCUUCCUCCGCAAGACGCAAGGGGCCGGAUGACAUCACCGAGCGGAAGGGAUGGCAAUGACAAUGUGGUGCCCUCUGAAAGCAGCGAAGUUUGUGAUGAUAUGAUGGAAGAGAUGGAUGAACAUUUUGAUGCUGUGAUGAAGAAGAUGGUACGUUCUGGUAUGACCGUUGGAAAGAUGGAUUCCAUACUUGUUGGUCGGACGUGGAAUCUUACCAGCGCCAUGCUCUUCAGUAUGACCACCAUUACUACUAUUGGUAAGUUUUGUCCAUGCUCAAUUUAUCACCCUUAUCUUAAAUUACAGACCAUGCGUUUUUACAGAUUUUUACCAAUCAGAUAUGAUUAUUAAUCAGUUUAACGUCAUCACAUGAAUCACAUCAACCAGGAUGUACGUGGUAGGCUGGAACCAGGGAUCAGUUUGCAACUUCCGCAUGUCACAAAGCCCAGAUACCAUUUCUCUCCUUCUCCCCAUCUCUAUCUGCUCUUCCCUCACCCUUCACACCUUCUCUCGUUUAGCUCCUUCUCUGUUCCUUUUUUUCCUAUCUUGACUCUUUCUCUCUUCUCGCCUGUCUCGUACCAUGGACCUAUUAAUAGGUCCAUGCUCGUACAUGCAUUAUGUCAUACCAUGGAGAUCAUGCAUUAUGAUUAGUUUGAGAUGGGGAUGGGUACACUGCAUGCCUAUUUAAUUAAACCUUCAAAUACCAUAAUUAUGACGUAAAUGAAAUGGUAAACGGUGGUGAUUUUUUACCUGAUUGCUAAGAAAGUAUGAAUGAUUGACAUCAAUCAACCAGAAGGCCGAUUAAUACCUAACCAACGGUCACCAGCUAGCGCACCAAGUGGGAAUCGAACCCGGGUCACCUCCGCUCUUUAGACUGAGCUAUCGCGCCUAUACGGCCAAUGUAUCUUGCGAGACGUGCGUGUGUUCUUUUAUCAUAAUUAUUCCAUAAUGUUGGAAAGUGAAUAACGUGAAAAUUGCAGAUACGUCCAUCAAACACAAAAUGAUGACUUCUAUUUUGCUAAUCUCAAGUUUAAUUACAGCUUUGAAACAAGCGGCACAUUAUCCAAGAGUGUGAUGGAAGCAAACGAGGUGUGAGAUUUUAGAUUCUAGAAGUGUGUAUCUUGGGGGCUCGGGUAAAAGGUGAUGGGAGCAAUGAUAUAUAUAUUUUUUUUUGAAGAAAAAAUGUGUCUCUUUUGGGGCCAUUUUUAGCCCCCUCCCCUAAGAAAACCUGGAUCCGUCUGGAUAAAGGUGGGAUUAUAACGCGUCGUUUGUAUAGUUCAACAAACCUAAUUGCCAAUCUCUAUUGAAAUAAGGAACACCUAUUGAAAAUAAUAACAACUUCAAAUCACUUCCUUCCAGAAAGCAAAGUUUGAAAUACUAGAUAAUCAUAAUAGGGGUUAUAUCCGUGAUAUGUUUAUGGUAGGAUUCGUUGCUCCCUUUCCCAUGAUAUUAUAACUACUUUCGAUUUGUUCACGCUUUCACAUCACGAACUUCUUGUUGCAUAAACUUUAUGGUUUCAUGAUUAAUGCCGUACACUCUCCGAAAUUUUAAUUCAGCCUGGUUAGACUAGUAAAAAAUAUCGUGGAUUCUAACAAUCAUCGCUUCAUUCAUAUUGUAUUUUUUGUAUUCAUUAAACAGUUGUAAAAAUAUUUUUAACCUACUUUGUUUUCUUUAGAUUGUAUGAUAUGAUGAAUUUUAGAUUUUGCCAUCGUCACCACAAUAAAUACCAUAAUCAAUUGUUUCAUUAUGACAUUCAGUUAUUGAUCAGUUUAUUGAACACAAAAAAAUUGCCAUAAACCUCCCCCAAAAUGAUAAUGUACUCCAUCUUUUUUUGACUUUUUAGAGGCAUUCAUAUACUCUUACUACGAUACCAUUGAUUUGACGCAUCUUAUCUUUGUAAUGAAACUCAUGAAUUUAUAAGCGAAACGUAAAUAAGUUCAAUGUGCUAUACACAGGACAAAAAUACUGAUUUUGGUUGGAUGACAAAAUACAAUACAAUCUAAAUUAAAAUAGAGAUAUUGGCCCUUGGCGCUCCACCGAAUCGGAACUUUGAUUCAAAUGCUCUUCUCUCAAAAUGAAUCCACCGCAUAUAUACAGCAAUGUUGUCCUUUCGACUUUCAAAGGGCAGUAAUGGAUUGCUGAAAAAUGGAAGAGAUUGGAAUUGAAGAGUCUGUAAAAUGAUUACUUUCAGCCCCUUUUAACAUGUUUGACCAUGAUAGCUCCAUGGUUUGACGAAUUCAUUGUUACUGUUCUGAUGAUAUUGUGGUUGUGGUGGUGAUGGUGAGGAGGAGGCGGAUGCGGAGGGAAGGGGAGGAGGAGCUAGAGGGGGAGGAGGAGAAAGAGGAGGAUAAUGAUGGCGACAUGUAAUCAUUGUGAUAAUUAUAAUAGUGACACUACUCGGCCUAAUGAUAGCAAUAAUAUCAAUGUUGAUGAUGAUGACGAUGCAUAUGAUGACGACAACGUUGCGAAGACGGCGAUGAUGAUGAUG